AUGGCAACAGCAGUAACUUCAUCGGUUGCUGCUGUCAUAUCAUCUAUAAUAACAUUGAUGAGAAAGCAAAGUUUCUGUAACAAUUUUGUUCCAUUAAUGGAUUAUAACCAAGAAGAUUCAACGGAUGGUAAUCUUGAAUGGACAGAUAAACCAUUAGCUAAAUAUAUAUUUCGUCUUACUGGUCUUUUAAGUUUUAUUUCAACAUGUAUGAAUACACCAAAAACAUUUGAAUAUCAUCCAUUUCUUCAAUAUACAACAUUUAUCAUUGAUAUAAUUUGUGCAAUUAUAUUAACAAUUGAAGCGGUUGCAAAAAUGAAAAUUCGAGGAAUAUUAAUUGGUAAUUCAUCUUAUUUACAUGAUCUAUGGAAUCAUUUUGACGCUAUUAUGGUUUUAAACAUCUAUUUUUCUAUUGUCUUACAAAUAUUCGAAUUAAUUGGUAUUAUAAAUAAAUAUUCAUAUCUUACAAUAAUUCGUUCACCACGUCCAUUUAUUUUGAUAAAAGUUCUCAAAACAUUUCUCAAAGUUAAAUUACCUGAAAGUCAAAUUAAAACUAUUCUUCAGUAUGUUAAUAAAAAA